AGGCUAAAACCUUACCUCUAUGUGUUAAGUGGUUGCGUGAAAUACAGCGCGCGGCUUUUUGUACGCAUGUGCGGGCGAAGAAGUGGAAAAAGGGGGGGGGAUGUGAGCGGUGGCCUUUCGGAGUGCGGCGAGAUUGUGACGGGGCUGGCGUGGAGUUGGACUGAACAGGAGCCUCUGCAGGAGUUCAACCCGGGGCGGUGGGGCAGAGUUUGAUGCGAAGCCAAGGGACGUUUGUCGAGUAGGACGCUAUGGAAGGUGAUGCAAAAAUAUUUUGGAGACAGUUAAAAGGCAGCACAGUGGACCUGAUAUUUGAGCAACUACAGAAAUUACUGUUGUCUCUGAAGGAGAAGAUCAAGAAUGGAACAGCAACAGAAGAAGCCAGCCAUCCCCCAAAUAUUAUGAAUUUUAUACAUACGCAGAGUGCUGCCACGCUUUGGCACUUCUGAAUCUCCCGGAUAUGAAUGAACUCUUGCAACUAAUAAAUGUAAGUGUUGUCGCUGAAGAACAAACAGCCAUGUAUGAACAAGGUUUACAUUCUUCUGCCUCAAGUAAAAUGGAAGAAAGUCCUGGGGAUGUUACUUCUUUAAAAAUGGAAAUGACAGAGGUAAUGAAUUCUAGAAAUAAAGGUGAAAGAACAGCGAAAUCUUUAAAAUUCUGCUAUGAGGAUCACACUUGUUCUAAAGACUGUCUUUCCAAAAGACCAUGGGACUCCUACAAGGAUGAAAACCCUCUUAAUCUACCAUUACUGCAUCACUUCCAGAGAUGGCAUGCAAAAGCAGAUUCUAUGUCAAAGUCACAUGAUGUGAUAUACAAGACUCCUUGUGGAAAGAGUCUGAGAAAUUUCAGAGAAGUUCAAAAUUAUUUGUUUCAGACAGAAUGCACCUUCUUAUUUUUAGAUCAUUUUUCUUUCAAUACCUAUGUGCAGGUUUUUAGAAACAAUCCUCGUCGUCAAGCAUUUUUAUUUGAUUUUGAUAUCAGCAAAGGGGCAGAGACUGUACCAGUUUCUCUUUGUAAUGAAAUAAACCAUGAGCAACUGCCUUAUUUCAAAUAUCGGAAGUCCUCCUGGCCCCAUGGAUACUUCUUAAACAACUUUUCCACCAUGUUUCUUGACUCAUGCAGCUGCACAGAUGGCUGCACUGAUACGACAAAAUGUGCAUGCCUGCUUCUUACUGAGAGGAGCUGCCGUGAAGCUUCAGGAAAAGAAACAUGUCUUGGUUAUAAUUAUAGAAGGCUAAAUGGACCUAUUUCCAAUGGAAUUUAUGAGUGCAACCUGUUAUGCAGCUGUGACAAGAUUAUGUGCCAGAACAGAGUAGUCCAGCAUGGCCUCCAAGUUCGGCUGCAGGUCUUCAACACUGAAAAAAGGGCUGGGGUGUCCGUUGCCUUGAUGACAUUGACAAAGGAACAUUUGUUUGUACAUAUGCAGACUGAUGAGUAAAAAUGAAUCUCAAGAAGCUCAGGGUGGUGGCAGUGAUGAAGUUGGGGAGGAAGAUAUAGAGAACAACAACAAAAACUACACAUUAUCAAAAAAGAGAAAAGUGGACAGCAUAUGUUCUGAUUCAGAGAUUGAAUUUAUCCAAGCCACUGACAGACAACAUUAUUUGUAUUCAAAACCUGAAGAUGAACCAAGCCUAAUUCAGAGCUACAGCUGUAACAAGAGUUGGAAUAAGCAAGUUAUCACAAGAC